CGCAGGAAAAGUCGCUGGCCGCCGCGCUCGCUCGCUCGUUGAGUUUUCCGUCUGUUUUUCCUGUUUUUCCGCGGUUAAGUUCGCGUGGGUCCGCCUGUUUCUGCCUCCUCGUCACAGUUCUACCCGCCCGCGACCGUAAAUCGGUGCAGAACAGUGUACCAGUGCCGCGUCGCCAGAAACCGAAAAGCGCGAAAAAUGCAAUCGCACAGCAAGAAACGUGUCUGCUAUUACUACGACAGUGACAUCGGCAACUACUACUAUGGCCAGGGGCAUCCGAUGAAGCCGCACCGCAUACGCAUGACGCACAAUCUGCUGCUGAAUUAUGGACUGUACCGGAAGAUGGAGAUCUAUCGUCCGCAUAAAGCUACGGCCGACGAGAUGACAAAGUUCCACUCCGAUGACUAUAUCCGGUUCCUGCGAUCUAUCCGCCCCGAUAACAUGUCCGAGUACAACAAGCACAUGCAGCGCUUUAAUGUCGGUGAGGAUUGUCCGGUGUUCGAUGGGCUGUACGAGUUCUGUCAGCUUUCGGCCGGUGGUUCGGUAGCCGCUGCCGUCAAGCUGAACAAACAGGCGUCGGAGAUUUGCAUCAACUGGGGUGGCGGUUUGCAUCACGCGAAGAAAUCGGAAGCAUCCGGAUUCUGCUACGUGAACGAUAUCGUGCUCGGCAUUCUGGAGCUGUUAAAGUACCAUCAGCGUGUGCUGUACAUCGACAUCGAUGUUCAUCAUGGGGACGGUGUAGAGGAAGCGUUCUACACGACCGAUCGCGUGAUGACCGUCAGUUUCCACAAGUACGGUGAAUAUUUUCCGGGAACGGGCGAUCUGCGUGAUAUUGGAGCGGGACGUGGCAAGUACUAUGCCGUCAAUAUUCCUCUGCGCGAUGGCAUGGACGACGAGUCGUACGAUUCCAUCUUCGUGCCGAUAAUCUCGAAGGUAAUGGAAACGUUCCAACCGUCGGCGGUGGUGCUACAGUGUGGUGCCGAUUCGCUGACCGGUGAUCGACUCGGUUGCUUCAAUCUGACCGUCAAAGGGCACGGAAAGUGUGUCGAGUUUGUGAAGAAGUACAAUCUGCCGUUCCUGAUGGUCGGUGGCGGUGGAUACACGAUCCGCAACGUGUCUCGCUGCUGGACGUACGAAACGUCGGUGGCACUCGGUGUGGAGAUCGCUAACGAGCUGCCGUACAAUGAUUACUUUGAGUACUUUGGUCCUGAUUUUAAAUUGCACAUUAGCCCGAGCAACAUGUCGAAUCAGAACACGACCGAGUACUUGGAGAAGAUCAAGAAUCGAUUGUUCGAGAAUCUGCGCAUGCUACCGCACGCCCCCGGCGUUCAGGUGCAGGCAAUUCCGGAGGAUGCGGUCAACGACGAGUCGGAGGAUGAGGAUAAGGUGGACAAGGACGAGCGGUUGCCGCAGCAGGACAAGGAUAAGCGCAUCGUACCGGAUAACGAGUUCUCGGACUCGGAAGACGAAGGAGAAGGUGGCCGGCGCGAUAAUCGUUCGUUCAAGGGCCAGGGGCAAUCGCGUAAGCGGCCGCGCGUGGAGAAAGACGGAAAAACCGAGAGCACCGAUGUGAAGGACGAGAAGGAAGCGAAAAUGGACACGACUGAAAAGGAGGAACCCACCAAAGCAUCAUCGGAGGAGCCUGCCAAGAAGGAAACGACAGCCGUUGCAUGAUCGACGUUAUCCUCGUUCCGGAAACACCAGCAACAUCCACCGGUCUAACUCACCUAAAAAAUGGACGUAGAUCAACCCGUGUGGUGAUGAUGGUGUGACCGUUAUCAGGCUAAUUUCAAUCAACCACAUCUCGUCUCUAGCAUUUAACCGAAGCGGGGCGGCGUAAUUUUCCAGUCUCCGUUUACUGGAACGGUAGGUUCUACUUUUAAUUUUAAGUUACAAUCGUGGUCCUCCUGACUUGUGACAAUUUUAACAAGCAAUCCCGCACAUUUCUACUUUUAAUUCAUAUAAAACUCAUAAUACUUAUCCUUUUGUCUGCCUACAAAAAAUCUAUGUUAUCCGUUCUCUGCUGUCCUCUGACAAGACCAAUAGAUCACCAAUAGAGAUCGAUGAUAUGUAGAGAGUCCGUGAAACUUUGGUUCAAUAGGAGAAGAAGAGGUUGAAGAAGAGGAAAUCAAGUUUAAAAUUCCUGCUGGAACGAGGCGGGCUGGUUAGAUAGGAACCGCAACCGAGGGGUGCCGAACUCAUACAAUUCUCCAUUGAUCUCAGGAAUGAUGAUGCUAUUUACGAACCACUGGGCUGGGACUUUUUCUCCUCAAAAACACGUUAUUUUCAUACAAAGUCAGUACGAGAAGUCAGCACCACUGAUGCUGGCCGAGCAGAACGUGCGUUUCUUUCGACGACGGGUACAACAGGGAACCGGGAUUUAUCGCUACUACUAGACCCUGCCGAUGCAGGUCGCAGUUUUAAAUCAAUGUCCUUCGUAAUGGAAUUUAGAGUGUACAGAGCGGCAGUGAGGCAUACAUACGCAGAGCUUGGGACGAAUUAGCUGCCGAAUUCGGAGGAAAGGAAGGAUGCCGAAUGAGGCGCUGAUACAGACAUAAACACAAACACAUCAAUACCAGUUCCAGAAUCCGCUUUAGAUUAAGAUUACCCGAUACACGAUACACGAAAAGAUACUAAAUAAUCAACCAGCAGCACUUAUCGAAGGUGAAAUGUUACUGUGUUUCUCGGCGUAGCAUUUCUAAGCAAGCAACAAACUCCGGCAACAGAUAGAGCGAGACAGGGUCCGUAGAUACAGUGCGUUAACGAUAAGGGCAAGUACGACGAUUCUGACGAGCAGCAGCUCCUAUGUGCUGCGCAGCAGGGGUUGAUGACAAAGGGGGGAACGCCGAUCUAGUUUUAGGGGAAAGCAAAUGAACUAGUAUUACCAAGUAAAUACAGCAGAGAUUUGCGAUUUACCAAAUACAA